AUGUCGCGCCGCGUGGCGCGUCAGACGGGCCCGGCGCACCGGCUGCUACUCCAUGUGACGCAAGAGUCAUUGGGCAUGGCGGGCUACACCGGCGACGGGGUCCGGUACUACGUGCCGCGUGGGCACAUUCGUCGGACAGGCGACGGACGACUGGCGCGAGCACAACAUGAACCCCCGGGACGCCUACUACGUGACGGGCGGCCUGCGCGCCUUCGGCCCUGGCCGGCUGAACCACUACUUCGGCUGGGACGGCCCGUCCCUCUCGGUGGACACGGCCUGCUCGUCCAGCGGCGUGGCUCUCGAUCUGGCCGUGUAGGCUCUCCGGGGCCGCAAAUGCGACAUGGCCGUCGCCGGCGGGUCAGCAUCGUCACGGGCGGCGCCGACGUCGGCAUGUGCGCCGGCCUCGGAAGCGGCGGGAUCCUCGGCGCCCCCUGCACCGGCACGGCCUGCAAGACGUUUAGCGCGGCAGCCGGCGGGUACACGCGGGGCGAGGCGGUCGCCGUCAUCGUCCUCAAGAGGUUGAGCGACGCGCGCAGGUGCGGAGACGUGGUGCACGGCGUCAUCCGAGGCAUCGCGACCAACCUCUCGACGGGGACGAGUCCCAACAUCACCCGACCGUCGGUGGCGGCGCAGGUGUCACUGCUGCGUCAGGUCCUGCACGAGUCCCUGAGGUCGCCCGCCGACGUCUCGUACGUGGAGCUGCAUGGCUCGGGGACCCAGGGGGGCGACCGCGCCGAGAUGGAGGCCGUUGCAGCCGUCUUCGGCAGCGGUAAUAAUCGACAACAUUAUGGCAGGAGGCGAACCAACAACCACCUUCGGGCUGGCAGCAUCAAGGCCAAUAUAGGGCAUAGCGAAGGGGCGGCUGGCAUCACAGCCGUUGUCAAGGCGCUGGUGGUAUUGCGCUACAACCGCGUUCCUCCCAAUGUCGGCCUUGGUAUCGGGGGGGGGGGCCUAACCCCUCGUUCUCGCCCCUGGAUGAUCUGCGGACUCGCAUCAACGUGGAGGAAGAUGAGCUCGUGA